AUGAAUCGUUCCAGCUUGCACGAAUUCAUCAUCCGCUCCUUUCUCCAAAACCAGCGUCCUCCCGCCGUCAGCGAGAUCGCCACCCGCUUCGAAAGCGAUGCGACCACGGCGCGGCAAGGUCUGCGAGCUUUGGAAGACUACCAUACCAUGGUGUUGUGCUGCACCCCCAAACCGACGAGGCGGAACGGCGACGCUGAAGACGAGGCUUGCGCUAUCGGCGACGAAGUGUCCGUCACGGUUCAGAACGGACGGUUGCUGGACACGGAUUUCGUGGUACACUUUCCAGUCCUCAUGCGCAAUGCCUGGGACAACGUCAUCUACACCUGCUCGGUCCAGCUACUGUUUCGCAAUGAGGCCGAGGUGGACGGAUGGUGUGCCACCAGAGGGAUUCCCAAGGGAGACGUACGCCCCAUCAAGCAAAUUUGGGGUUUUGCUGUCGAAUGGUAUGGCCGCCAUGCCGAUGCCGACUGGACGAAGUGGUCUUUGCGCGACGCGAUAGACAUUUUUAGCCGUCAUAAGCUGGCCGGUCCAAUUUGGGCCAUUGGAGACAAGGCAGAGCCCUUUUGA